UUGAAGCAUAGCAGAAACUGCUUUCCUCUACAUUUAUGUGCACAGUCAGCUAAGCCACCGGCAAGCGAUCUGAAACAAUCACCAUAUUUUUAUUUAAAUUGUACAAAUAUUAUGUCCUCUAAUAACAUGGCAGAUCCCAAGAGACCAAAUAAGGUAUUACGGUACAAGCCCCCCAGCACAGAGACAAACCCGACUCUGGAGGACCCCACCCCGGACUACAUGAACCUGUUGGGUAUGAUCUUCAGCAUGUGUGGACUGAUGCUCAAGCUUAAAUGGUGCGCCUGGAUCGCCGUCUACUGUUCCUUCAUCAGCUUUGCAAACUCCAGAAGCUCGGAAGACACCAAACAGAUGAUGAGCAGCUUCAUGCUGUCCAUCUCAGCCGUGGUCAUGUCCUACCUCCAGAACCCACAGCCCAUGUCGCCGCCAUGGUAGCCCCAGCAUCAUGUCCAUACGGUUCGGAAGCAGAUUGUCCGGCCAGGAACCACAGCCAGGAACUCCGAGGGCUUUCUUGUUAACCUUUUGCUAGUCUUUAAUUAAAGAACACAUGCUGAUGUUUUACAAGAUGAUGGAAAUAAAGUUGUUAUAUAAAGAAAUGGACUGUUUAU